UUUCUUUUUUUAAUAGUAAAUAGUAAUAGGUCUCUUUUACCUUGGAUAAUUUGUCAGGUUUACAAGGCUACUAAUGUGAUCCAGGGGACUUAACUUUGUUAAAUACUUUUUGUGUUGAUUAAAUACAACAACUAAUUUUUGUGCUUACUGAACUUUUUUUCCUUGCCAGCAAGUUGGGUUUCUGUCUUCUUGGUUUUUGAACUUGUAAAAAUUUAAUCUUUUUUGUUAUUCUUGCACCACAAUGGGAAAUUCAAGAGCUAAAAAUCCAUGGGGUGCAAUUAGAAUGUUCUCCAAGAGAUUUUAUUGUGUCUUCAGUGAACGCAUUGUUGAUGUUCCAGUAGAUGCCCGCAUUGUGAAAACGGGUUUUGACCCAGAAAUCUCUCGUUUUAACUUCAAACUGAAGGAUUUAAUAAGAGAAAAUCAAAUAGCAAAGGCACGUCAACUGUUUGAUGAAAUGCCUUACAGAAACACUAGCUCAGUUAACAUGAUGGUUUCGGGUUAUGUGAAGUCUCACAAUCUUUUUCGUGCUAGGGAGUUAUUUGAUAGCAUGUUCUCUCGUAAUGAAGUUUCAUGGACUAUAAUGAUUGGUGGUUACUCUCAGAACAAUCAGCCUAAAGAAGCUUUUAAUCUUUACACUGAGAUGUUUAGGUCGGGGGUUAAGCCGGAUCAUAUCACCUUUGCAACUCUAUUAUCGGGUUUUGAUGAUACAACUACUUUAAAAGAAGUACUUCAGAUUCACUCCCAUAUCAUUAGAUUUGGAUUUAGUGCAAGUCUUAUUGUUUUCAACAGUCUGAUAGAUUCAUACUGCAAAACUUGCUGCCUCGAUAUAGCGUCUCAGCUCUUCAGUGAAAUGCCAACUAAAGAUUCAGUAAGCUUCAAUGUGAUGAUAACAGGGUACACAAAAUACGGUUUUCGUGAAGAAGCAUUGAAACUUUUUAUGCAAAUGCGGAAUAUGGAUUUUCAGCCUUCAGGUUUUACUUUUGCAGCAAUGCUAGGUAUGAGUGUUGGAUCAGAGGAAGUUAUUUUUGGCCAGCAAAUUCAUGGACUUGCUAUCAAGACAAGCUAUGUCUGGGACAUAUUUGUUGCAAAUGCAUUGCUUGAUUUCUACUCUAAGCAUGACUAUAUAGAUUUAGCAAAGAAUCUCUUUGAUGAGAUGCCCGAGUUAGAUGGUGUUUCGUAUAACAUAAUUAUCGCAGGUUAUGCAUGGAAUGGGCAGUAUGAGAAAUUGUUUGAUAUCUUCAAAAGCCUACAGGGUACAUCAUUUGACAGAAAGAAUUUUCCUUUUGCCACAAUAUUGAGUGUAGCUGCGGCGGAACUAAAUUUAGCAAUGGGAAGACAAACUCAUGCACAGGCAGUGGUGACAACAGCUAUUUCAGAAGUACAAGUAGGAAAUGCCCUUGUUGACAUGUAUGCAAAGUGUGAAAAAUUUGAGGAUGCCAACAGAAUAUUUACAAAUCUUGCCUACAGAAACUCUGUUCCAUGGACAGCCAUAAUCUCAAUAUAUGUUCAGAAGGGUUUUCAUGAGGAGGCACUCAAAAUGUUCAAGGAGAUGAAUAGAGAAAAUGUUCACGGUGACCAGGCAACUUUUGCUAGCACUUUAAAAGCUUCAGCUAAUUUGGCUUCAGUUUCUCUUGGGAAGCAAUUACACUCAGCUGUGAUCAGACUGGGAUUAUUGUCUAGUGUUUUUUCUGGUAGUGUUCUUGUAGACAUGUAUGCAAAUUGUGGGUCCAUGAAAGAUUCUAUUAAAGUUUUCAAAGAGAUGCCUGAAAGGAAUAUAGUAUGUUGGAAUGCACUGAUUUCGGCAUAUGCUCAGAAUGGUGAUGCUGAAGCCACAUUUAACUCCUUCGCAGAUAUGAUUGAAUCAGGUCUCUACCCUGAUUCUGUUAGUUUCCUCAGUGUACUAACUGCCUGCAGCCACCGUGGGCUUGUUGAAAAGGCAUUAUGGUAUUUUAAUUCCAUGACUCAAGUAUAUAAUCUUGAUCCAAGGAGAAAACAUUAUGCAACAAUGAUUGACGUGUUAUGUAGAAGUGGACGAUUCAAUGAAGCAGAGAAUCUGAUUUCUGAAAUGCCAUUUGAACCGGAUGAGGUCAUGUGGUCCUCAGUUUUAAACUCAUGCAGAAUUCAUAAGAAUCAAGACCUCGCCAAAAAGGCUGCUGACCAACUUUUUAAGAUGGACACUCUUAGAGAUGCUGCUGCUUAUGUCAACAUGUCUAACAUCUAUGCAGAAGCAGGCAAGUGGGAAAAUGCGGCAAAAGUCAAGAAGGCUAUGAGGGAACGGGGAGUUAAAAAGGUCACUGCCUAUAGCUGGGUUGAGAUUGACCACAGAGUUCAUGUAUUCACUGCAAAUGAUAGGACCCAUCCACAAACUGAGCAGAUUAGAAGAAAAAUUAACUCAUUGGUUGAGCUAAUGGACAAGGAAGGACACAAACCUGAUACAAGUUGUACCCUUCAAAAUGUGGAUGAAGAAAUGAAAAUAGAAUCACUCAAAUAUCACAGUGAGAGGUUGGCCAUUGCGUUUGCAUUAAUUAAUACUCCAGAAGGAUCACCCAUUAUUAUUAUGAAAAACUUGCGAGCUUGUGUGGAUUGUCAUGCUGCAAUUAAAGUUAUCUCAAAAAUAGUUGGAAGGGAGAUCACUGUGCGAGAUUCAAGUAGGUUCCAUCACUUUAGAGAUGGAUCAUGUUCAUGUGGGGAUUAUUGGUGAGCUAUGGAUGGAUGAUUUUGGAUCAGUUCAUUCGGUUUGUGCUUUCCCUAGUCUAUAACCGGUGUCAUCAACAUUUGGGGACUUCAGCAAUUUAUUCCUUGGGUGAUGAUGCUAAUCAAAAUUUACUUUAAGGGAUGGGUGUAACCUAGUUGCAGCUCUGAUCCAAAGCUUGUGGUCGUGAACUGUUGCAAUUAGGGUCUCUCUAAGUUGGGCUUUGAACUUAUGUAAUGAAUUACAUGAAGAACCAAGUUCUACUUUUUCUUGAAGAACAUCCCCAUCUAUUUUUAAGAGUUCACUGGUUUUCUCCCUAAACCAUGCAUUAUUCUUUCAACAAUAAGAACAGGAUUUCUCUCUGGAGAUGAAGGUGUUCUGGGUAAUACAAACAUGAAUUGCCAAGUCUACAUCAUUCUCAUCUUCAAGAGGGAGCUGGUUGGAAGACCCUGAUUCUAAAAGAGAAGCUGGCAAAGAAUAUAUAAUGUAUAUUAUUACCAUUUUUUGGUUCAUCAAAGACAUCAGAAGAGGUGGUCAGUAGACACCUAUAUUUUAUGCAGGUGUUAUUACGAGUCAUUGUAGGUCCUGUUUCCUGGAUUUGUUGUACAGUAGAUAAUGUUGUCAUCAUGGGGGCAUACUUUUCCAAGAUUGAAGUUGCAGUACAAGCCCUCAUUUUAGCGUCAGGUCACACAAAAUGAUUCACGUUGCCCUGCAUGUUGUAGUGGUGUUUUCUGCAUUGCCAGAUACUUCAGGGAUAGUUAGUUGAAAGGAUCUCUUUUCUUCAUGGUGCGGAUGUGUUAAAGAACUUCAUUCUUAAUUUGUUAACUCAAGAGACUGAUUACUCUUAAGCUUUUGCUAAAGGACUUCAUAGAUAGUUACUUAAAAGGCGGAUCACA